CUAGUUCUCGGUGACGGCGGCAUCAAUUUCUGAAUUAAUUACCAUUUGUCGCAAAAACUGCGCGUCCUUUAUCUUUUCUAGACCAAAAUCUUUCACAUUAGUGCUGAUAGUGUUAAAUAGUGAUCUAAAUGGCUUCAGAUGAUGAAGUAGACGGUUCUUUUGCAGGCGACGAGGACGUGGAAGAAGGCGAGGGUCAAAAUGAGAACUCUGGAGAAAGUGAUGAAGCUCCACCAAAGGAGGAUGAGGAUUAUUCACCUGAAGAUGGUAGAAAAAAAAAGAAAGGAAAGAAGAGGAAGGCUAGAGGAGAAGACAAAAAGGGCAGAAAGAAAAAGAAGAAGAGGAAAAAUGAGAGUGAAGAAGAUGAUGAGUUUGGCCUUGAAAUUGAGGCGGAGGGGGAUAGUGACUAUGCGCUCAGUGCAAUGUCCUCAGGAAAAAAAUCUCGGAAAGGCCGAGGUAGUAAGCACAGUACACCUGUAACUCCAGCAGCAUCCGAUACGGGAUCUGGUAUGCCCACAGUAGAAGAGGUAUGUUCCUCUUUCGGCCUCGCAGAUGUCGACAUACAAUACACAGAUGCAGACUUCGAGAACCUUACAUCUUACAAGUUAUUUCAGCAGCAUGUACGUCCCAUGCUUGUGAAGGAAAACCCUAAGGUUCCGAUAUCAAAACUGAUGAUGCUGGUGGCAGCAAAAUGGCGACUGUUUUGCGAGACUAAUCCCAAUCUCGGCGGCGGCACACAGAAUAUAGGUUCAGAAGAGAAUACUAACACCUCUACAGCAUCUGAAUAUGGUGGCAAGGGAAAGUCUGCCCGAACUCCUAAAGAUGUUAAGACUGAAGACGGUGCCGACGAACAAGAUGAAGAGGAGGAAGAGGAAGCAAGCGAUGAAGGCACCCCUGCGCCGCGCAAGCGUGGCCGUAAGCCCAAGCAUCCCAGCAGCGGGAGCACCCCGCGCGGGAAGCCCGGACGGAAGCCUAAGGUGCCCACGCUUAAGAUCAAGUUCAGCAAGCGGAAGCGCACAAGCAGUGAGGAAGAACCAGAAGGCAGUGCGGGUGCUAACACAGACUCGGACGCGGAGUUCGAGCAGAUGCUGGCCGAAGCAGAAGAGCCUAAGCCUUCCGCAUCGACUGCCGCCCCUACUGAGGAAGGUGCUCAGCCGAAAGAAGAAGACCCUAAUGCACCGCAAGUACCGAAGAAGAAAGCAAAGACUAAAAUCGGAAAUAAGAGCAAGAAGAGAAGGAAACUGAAGACAACCAAUAAGUUUCCAGAUGGUGCUGAAGGUGAACAGGAACACCAGGAUUACUGUGAAGUAUGUCAACAAGGCGGCGAAAUUAUACUGUGCGACACGUGCCCACGCGCUUACCACUUGGUGUGCCUGGAGCCCGAGCUCGAGGAGACGCCGGAGGGGCGCUGGUCGUGUCCGCACUGCGAGGCCGAGGGCAACCAGGACCAGGACGAUGACGACGAGCACCAGGAGUUCUGUAGGAUUUGCAAAGAUGGCGGUGAACUAUUGUGUUGUGAUUCUUGCCCUUCUGCAUACCAUCGGUUCUGUCUAAACCCACCACUUGACGAGGUGCCUGAUGGGGACUGGAAAUGUCCACGAUGUAGUUGUCCUCCUUUGGACGGCAAGGUAGCAAAGAUUUUGACGUGGCGCUGGAAAGAAGAGUCGUCUAAGUCUAAGGCGCCUCGCGCCCGAGAGUUCUUUGUUAAAUGGCACGAGAAGUCAUAUUGGCACUGCAGUUGGAUAUCGGAAAUUCAGCUGGACGUGUUUCAUCCGCUUAUGUACCGGUACUGCAUGCGGAAAUCUGAUCCUGAGGAGCCUCCCAAGCUGGAGGAGCCUCUGGACGAACGCGAUGGUCGCCUCAAGCGGCUCAAAGACAAACAGUCGCAGGACCACGACAACGACGAACUUGAGGAGAAAUACUACAAAUAUGGCGUGAAACCUGAGUGGUUGGUUGUACAUCGUGUGAUCAACCACCGCACAUCUCGUGAUGGCACCACAUACUAUCUGGUUAAGUGGAGGGACCUCUCAUACGACCAGGCCACCUGGGAGGCGGAGACUGAGGAUAUUCCCGGUUUCAAGACCGCCAUGGAGUACUAUCAGGACAUGCGUGCAUUCAUCACCUCUGAAGGCAAGUCGAAAGGCAGCAAAGGCAAAAAAGUGGGUCGUAAAAGCAAGAAUCGCGAUGUAAUAGACGAUGAUGACAACAGCGGUGGUUUACAAAUGAAACCCAGAAAGUACAAUCCGCCGCCGGAACGCCCCGCGACCAACCUCAAUAAGAAAUAUGAAGAUCAGCCGCCAUUUGUUUAUGAAACUGGCAUGCAGCUUCAUCCAUAUCAGUUGGAAGGUCUUAACUGGUUACGGUACUCUUGGGGCCAAAGCAUUGACACUAUUCUAGCUGACGAAAUGGGUCUCGGUAAAACAAUUCAAACUGUUACAUUCCUGUAUUCUCUGUUUAAGGAGGGACAUUGCAAGGGUCCAUUUUUAGUUUCUGUUCCUCUUUCUACAAUCAUUAAUUGGGAGAGAGAGUUUGAGCUAUGGGCUCCAGACUUGUACUGCAUCACAUAUGUUGGUGAUAAGGACUCUAGAGCCGUUAUAAGAGAAAAUGAGUUGACUUUUGAUGACGGCGCUAAUAGAGGUGGUAGACCCUCUAAAAUUAAGUCACAAGUGAAGUUUAAUGUACUAUUAACAUCAUACGAGUUGAUAUCUAUUGAUUCUACUUGCCUUGGUUCAAUUGACUGGGCUGUUCUCGUUGUAGAUGAAGCUCACAGGCUUAAAAGUAAUCAAUCCAAGUUCUUCAGGUUGCUAGCUAGUUAUCACAUUAAUUACAAAUUGCUACUUACUGGUACUCCAUUACAGAACAAUCUAGAGGAAUUGUUCCAUUUGUUGAACUUCUUAAAUAAAGAUAAGUUCAAUGAUCUGGCUGCUUUCCAGAAUGAAUUUGCAGAUGUGUCUAAAGAGGAACAAGUAAAGAGGCUUCAUGAAAUGUUAGGACCGCACAUGCUGCGGCGACUCAAGGCUGACGUCUUGAAGAAUAUGCCUACUAAGUCUGAGUUUAUUGUACGUGUUGAACUGUCUCCCAUGCAAAAGAAAUACUACAAGUAUAUUUUAACAAGAAAUUAUGAAGCCCUUAACCCAAAAAGUGGAGGUCAAACUGUGUCACUUCUCAAUGUAAUGAUGGACUUGAAAAAAUGUUGCAAUCACCCUUACUUGUUCCCUGUAGCUGCUGAAGAAGCACCUCUGGGUCCACAUGGCAAUUAUGAUACUCAAGCUCUUAUCAAAGCAUCUGGAAAACUUGUACUCAUGUCUAAAAUGUUGAAACAGCUCAAAGAACAAGGACACAGAGUACUUAUAUUUUCACAAAUGACAAAAAUGUUGGAUAUCCUUGAAGAUUUUCUCGAGGGUGAGGGUUACAAAUAUGAGAGGAUUGAUGGUGGUAUUACUGGAACAAUUCGGCAGGAAGCUAUUGAUAGGUUUAAUGCCCCAGGAGCUCAACAGUUUGUGUUCCUUUUAUCAACAAGAGCAGGUGGUUUGGGUAUUAAUUUGGCUACUGCUGAUACUGUUAUCAUUUAUGAUUCCGACUGGAACCCUCAUAAUGACAUUCAGGCGUUUUCACGAGCCCAUCGUAUUGGUCAAGCGAAUAAAGUAAUGAUUUAUCGUUUCGUAACACGUAAUAGUGUUGAAGAAAGAGUAACACAGGUGGCUAAAAGAAAGAUGAUGUUGACACAUUUGGUUGUACGGCCAGGUAUGGGUGGAAAGGGUGCUAAUUUUACUAAACAAGAAUUGGACGACAUUCUGCGAUUUGGUACAGAAGAACUGUUCAAGGAAGAGGAAGGGAAAGAAGAAGCAAUUCAUUAUGAUGACAAAGCCGUUGGAGAGUUGCUUGAUCGGUCUAAGGAGGGUAUUGAACAGAAGGAGUCUUGGGCUAAUGAGUAUCUUAGCUCAUUCAAAGUGGCUAGUUAUUCCACAAAGGAAGGAGAUGGUGAAGAGGAAGUGGACACAGAAAUUAUUAAACAGGAGGCUGAAAAUACUGAUCCUGCUUACUGGAUCAAACUGCUCAGGCAUCAUUAUGAACAACACCAAGAAGAUCAGGCCAGGACAUUAGGUAAAGGCAAGCGAGUACGUAAACAAGUUAAUUAUAACGACGGCAGUGUUGUUCAAACAGAAAAUAGGGAAGAUAGCACUUGGCAAGAAAAUGGUUCUGAUUUCAAUUCAGAUUACUCACAGGGAAGCGAGGAUGAUAAAGAAGAUGAUGAUUUCGAUGAAAAGAACGACAAUGGGGAUCUUCUUAGUCGUCGCAGUAAGAGGCGUCUUGAAAGACGAGAAGAGAGAGAUAGGCCGUUACCACCGCUACUUGCUCGAGUCGGAGGUAAUAUGGAAGUACUUGGUUUUAAUGCAAGGCAAAGGAAGUCUUUCCUUAAUGCUAUUAUGCGGUAUGGCAUGCCGCCACAAGAUGCUUUUAAUUCCCAGUGGCUAGUUAGAGAUCUCAGAGGAAAAUCAGAGCGUAAUUUCAAGGCGUAUGUGUCAUUAUUCAUGCGGCACUUGUGUGAACCAGGAGCAGAUAAUGCCGAGACGUUUGCAGAUGGCGUGCCUCGUGAAGGUCUUUCCAGACAGCAUGUCUUGACGAGGAUUGGUGUAAUGAGUUUAAUAAGAAAGAAAGUCCAAGAAUUUGAGCAUAUUAAUGGUUAUUAUAGCAUGCCGGAAUUAAUUCGUAAGCCAGUUGAACCGGUGAAGAUAGCCGGCACAGCGGGAGAAAGCGCGGCGGCAAGUCCUGCGCCAUCUACUGCCACCCCCAUUACGUCGGCUGCACCCUCGCCUGCGCCCACGCAAUUGACUCAAGCUUCGGGACAAGCACCUACACCUGGUGGAUCAGAGAAGGAUGACAAAGAAGAAUCUAAAGAUGACAAAUCAGAGGUCAAAGAUACUAAAUUGAAGGAUGAACCUAUGGAUACCAGUGACAUAAAAGAAGAAAAGUUGGACGAAAAAGAUUCACCUAAAGAAGUUCCAGAGGAAACCAAGGAACCAGAGCGGCGCAUGUCUGUUGACGAGGAACCGCCCAAAGAAGAUGACAAAUCUGAAGAUAAGAAAUCGGAAGAUAAAGAAGCAGAUAAAAUUAAGGAGGAGGUUAAAGAUGACGGUGAUAAGAAAGAAGAUGUUAAGAGUGAGAAGGCUGAAUCUGAAGCUUCUGAGAAGCCUAAGGAUGAAAAGAAGGAGGAGGAUGACGACGAUGUCGUUCUGGUCAAAGAGGAGGAGGAUAUGAAAGUGGAACGGCGCAAAUUCAUGUUCAACAUCGCUGAUGGUGGUUUCACCGAGCUCCACACUUUGUGGUUGAACGAGGAGCGAGCAGCCGCACCUGGCCGCGAGUAUGAGAUCUGGCACCGUCGCCACGACUACUGGCUGCUGGCUGGUAUUGUCACGCACGGCUACGGCCGCUGGCAGGACAUACAGAACGACCUUCGCUUCGCAAUCAUCAACGAACCCUUCAAGAUGGACGUCGGCAAAGGCAACUUCUUGGAGAUCAAAAAUAAAUUCCUCGCGAGGCGCUUUAAGCUUCUGGAACAAGCGCUGGUUAUUGAAGAGCAACUGCGACGAGCGGCGUACCUGAACCUGACCCAGGACCCUAACCAUCCGGCCAUGUCGCUCAAUGCGCGCUUCGCCGAAGUCGAAUGUCUCGCCGAGUCCCACCAACACCUCAGCAAGGAGUCGCUAGCUGGGAACAAGCCCGCAAACGCGGUGCUACACAAGGUGCUGAACCAGUUGGAGGAGCUGUUGUCGGACAUGAAAUCGGACGUGUCCCGACUGCCGGCGACGCUGGCGCGCAUCCCGCCCGUAGCUCAGCGGCUGCAGAUGUCCGAGCGAUCUAUACUAUCGCGGCUCGCAGCCACCGCUGGCAAUCCUGUGCCCGCUGCGCAAAUGCCCCAGUUCCCUGGCGGGUUCCAGUCGGGCGGCAGCCUGCCCGGCUUCUCGCCGGCCGCUGCCGCCGCCGCCAACUUCUCAAACUUCCGGCCGCAGUACUCCGUGCCCGGGCAGCCCGCCUCCACUGGAUCUUCUAAUAAAUCAUAAGCCUGCAUAACUUAUUACAUCUUAUUCCAACUUGACACACUUACAGUGAGUGGAUAGCGGUCACUUAGAAGAAUAUGUUAGAUGUAAGCUUUCCAAGAUUCCUGUUCCACCUCGGGUUUGGAGUGAUAACUUUAGUGAUUAGUGCAGUUAGGUAACAUAUACGUCAUUUUAAAGCAGAACUCUCACAAUUUUAUUUAUUUCAUCCUGAUCUGUAUGAAUCUUGUUAUGUGUAAGUGAUUGUGGACUUAUGAACUAUGAAUUCUUUAUUUUUAAUCAACCAAAAAUGAAAAAUUAAUAAACCAUACAAUUAAGUGAU